AUGGCAGACCAAGGAUUCAGCGCCCAGCCGGUCGGAGCUGUUGAAGUAGCACAUGACAGCAAGAACUACGGGGCACCAGACCUCAUGCUGAAUGGACCAUCAAGUGUCAAGGAGAGUCUGACGUUUUCGCAUCCUCUGGAAGAUUCCGAGAAAUACUAUUGGGAAAGACAGCAGCAGCAGGAGUUCCAGAUGCUGCGUAAGACGCAAGGUCUGCACGCCCCCCUCAAACUACAGAUGGAGUUACAGGCGGCAAGACAGAUCCAGAGAGCCCCGUGCCUGCCCAGCUCCAACGCCAGCCUCGACACAUUACUCAACCGUGACGAGACCAUCGGCUUUGAAGAUUAUCUUAAUGCUCCAGGUGAUGCAGAAGUCAUGGGCAACCCACACGCACUCAUGGAGAAGAAACUGGGCCUACUUUGAUGAAAAGCUGGUCUGAAACAUUUGAUAUCAGUGGUGGUUAAAUUAGCAUUGUGUAAAGCUUUUAUACAGCGUGUCCCAAAAUACCCGCAACUUUUUUUGUGAGGCUCUAGCGUCCGCGCGGAAACACGUACCGCCAUUAUUUU